UUGAGGUUAUAGUGCUCUAGGUUUUUAAGUUCAAUUUGAAACAAUAUAUUUUAACGAAUUAAUGGAAUGGAAUAUUCUUGGGCGAAAAACUACCCAGAAAUACACAAAAUGUGUACAUUAUUUCAAAUGACAGAACUUUCUAAUCCCAUUAAAUACAAUUACAAUGCUCUAAACGGAUACCUACAAGACGGGCCACAAUGUGGAUUAGUAGCAUUAAUGAUGUGUACUGGUUCACCAAAUAAUGACACUGUCAAGCAUCUUUAUGAUUAUGCAAAAAGAAAAGGAUAUACAAAUAAUGGUGAAAUUUUUAGUGUUGACGACAUGGCAGAUGUAGCUAAAUACUAUUUACCAAAAAAAGCUAAUGUUGAAAUUUUUGAAGGCGACUUAUUCACUACAAAGAUAAAAGAAUUUUUAUUAGACGGUGGAAUGGCACUUGUACCAUAUGAUACAAAUAAAGAUAAUUCUCCUGGCUUUCACAGUGGUCAUAAGGCUCACUGGGCAAUUAUAAGUGGAAGUAUACUCACAGAUGAUGAUUUCUACGUAAUUGCCAGACAUGGAAAAGCAAGGAAUGUUGCUAUCUGGAAAUUAAAAAUACUUGCACGAAGUAAUAGUCAAUUACAGGAAUUUUCUCCAGAUCGAAAGUUACAUGAUGUAGAAUAUAAACUUCCUGAAGGUGGGAUAAAUGGCCCUUUGGGACUGAAUAGAAGAUGUAUCCUUAUUAAAUUGUGACAUAUAAUAAAGCCAUUUUGUCAGUA